AUGGGUUUACCAACGGACCCCUCCACCCAGCACGACGCUGAUGAUCAUCCCUAUCCUUCCGACAUCGCUCUUCCUCCCUCUCGCACCAACACCUUCGACUCUCCUGGCGAAUCGCCUUCAAGAACCUCUACGGACGCCGAAUCUCAGCUUGAAUUGGCGUCGCGCCACAGACCUAAACGCAGCCUGGAUGUCAAGGACGAUCGCCCUUCAGACGCACAAGUUUCACCUUCACGGGACCGCUCUCGACCAAAUGGAAAGCAGUCUAAUAGGAUAUGCGCAAAGUGUGGUGGUCAUCUGACCGGCCAAUUCGUACGCGCUCUGGGCGGCACAUACCAUCUUGAGUGCUUCACAUGCCACGACUGUGGUAAAGUCGUCGCUUCCAAAUUCUUCCCCGUUCCAGAACAACCCCCGAAUCAGUAUCCUCUCUGCGAGACGGACUAUUUCCGCAGAUUGGACUUACUCUGCCAUGCAUGUGGAGGCGCCCUUCGCGGCUCCUAUAUCACCGCUCUGGAUCGCAAAUAUCACAUUGAACAUUUUACCUGCUCUGUAUGCCCGACUGUUUUCGGUGCCCAAGACAGCUAUUACGAACAUGAGGGCAACGUAUACUGCCAUUACCAUUACUCAACGAAAUUCGCUCAGCGCUGUAAUGGCUGCCAGACAGCCAUUCUCAAACAAUUUGUCGAAAUAUUUCGCAAUGGUCAAAAUCAGCAUUGGCACCCAGAGUGUUAUAUGAUUCACAAAUAUUGGAACGUUCGACUACACCAAGGUGGCUCUGUGGAUGAACCUCUGGACUCGGAAGAGAAUGCUACAGAAGAGCUGCGGAAGAUGGUCAAAGAGAGUGAAGAGAGUGUCGAGGAGAAAGUGCUUUGGAUUUGGCGCACGCUCUCGUCAUUUGAAGAGAAGUCAGCAACAUGCAUUUCUGAUAUGUUGUUACAUGUCAGCAAUGGCGCCUAUGUUGAUGGAGUCAUGACGGCCAAGAAGUUCAUCACUCAUGUUGACCUCUUGUUCUCUGCCGCAGACAACCUAGACCAGGUUCUACAAUCUCACACAACAAAGGGUCUUUCGUACUCGAGAGAGGCCAAACUUUUGUGCAAGAAAGUUGUCGCUUUCUUCCAGUUACUCGCUGAAUCUCAGGAAACUGGUGUUAGACGACUGGGUGUCACACAAGAACUUCUGUCCCUUGUCACAGGUUUAGCGCACUAUCUCAAACUCCUGAUCCGCAUUUGUUUGCAGGGCGCUUUGAAACUGGAGCGCGAAACUGGCAGUCAUGAGGGUCUGACUAACUUCUUGGACGAGAUCGGUGCUCUUGACGACAGACUCGAUGCUGAAGACGACAAGGAUCCAAGAAGCGAGACAGAGAACUUUGUCGCACGAUCCGCAGACAAUUGCGCCAUUUGCGACAAGUCUGUCGAGGAUAAGUGUUUCGUACGCAAAGACAGAAGAUUCCAUGCCCAAUGUCUCACAUGCAGCAAGUGCUCAAAGCAUCUCGCUGAUGAGUAUGCACUGGCAAGAUGGGAUGAGUCUUCUCAGAAACUCUUCUGUGACCGUCAUGCUGGAAGCUCGAGCGAGGGCGAUCUCGUCUUUGUCAGCCGUCUUCAGCAAUACGUCCAUCUUCUCCGUGUCGCUCAUGCGAGAUUACUAGCCACUCUGCGUACAAGCGGCGCGUUGCCUCAUACUUCAGAUGAUCCAAACCUUACAGACUAUGAUUCCAACCGUGGACACCGUGUCUCACCAAAGGGUUCCAUGGACCCACCAUUACUUAGAUCAAACACCCGCUCCAAGUCAUACGCCGGCUCGACCAAACGUGAGCACUCACCUUCAUACGAACAGACACUUGGAGACAUCCGAAGAUUGCGCUCGACGCGCAUGGAGAAGAACAUUUCAACAACAAAUCGUAAAGCUCGUACAUCCAGAGUCAUCGACGGCCCUGAAGGUCUGCACGGUGACUCAGAAGACAGGUUGGAACGCCGUCAAACCGGAAACUUCCAGAUCGUCGACGAUGGUGAAGCUGGUGGUUCGCGCAUGUCACAACUUCAGUUCGGUAAUCAUGAGUCUAUGACCUUGGACGAUAUUCCAAGGCUUGUUCAAGCACAGCAAACGAGAGAGCAAAGGCCCAAUGCCUCCAAGUUCCAUCGUGGUCCCAUGAUACCUCAGGAGCCAAGACCAAAGCUCGUCAACAACGGUCAUACACGACACGUCUCGCUUGGUAACGACGAAAAGCCAGCUCUGGUGGAGGGCGGUGCUUUCAAGACAAAGAAGUACUUCUCCGAGCUGUCGGCUCUUGAGUAUUUCAUUGUUCGGCACGUAGCUGUUCUUUCGAUGGAACCUCUGCUUGAGGGCCAUUUCAACCAGGAAGAAUUGCUUGAUCUUAUCGAGACGAAGAGACCUACUUUCUGGGGCAAGUUUGGAAAGGCUUUCAAGCCCGAGACGGGCAAAAAACCAAAAGGCAACAAACGAGGCAUCUUUGGCGUGUCUCUUGAACAGCUGGUGGAGAAAGACUAUGCGGAAUCAACAGAUGGCAUUGGGCCAGGCGCCUUGCGUAUACCUGUUCUUAUCCAAGACGCCAUCUCCGCAAUGCGGACAAUGGACAUGUCCGUCGAAGGUGUUUUCCGCAAGAACGGUAACAUCAAGAGACUCAACGACGUCAAAGAAGAGAUUGACUCCAAGGAGAUGGUCGAUGUUGACCUCACAAAAGAGAAUCCAGUACAAGUUGCCGCGCUUCUCAAGAAGUUCCUGCGAGAGCUACCAGAUCCCCUUAUGACGUUCAAGCUGCAUAAGUUGUGGAUAACAUCACAAAAAAUCACGGAUGAAGAAACACGGCGAAGAGUACUUCACCUUACAUGCUGCCUUCUUCCUAAAGCACACAGAGAUACAAUGGAGGUGUUGUUUAACUUCAUGCAAUGGGUAUCAUCGUUUUCUCACAUCGAUGAGGAAUCUGGCAGCAAGAUGGAUGUCCACAAUCUUGCUACUGUGAUGGCGCCCAACAUUUUGCACUUGGGCAAACGCGAUGUUCCCUUGGAUGAUAAUCUGCUCGCUAUCGAGGCGGUGCACUCCCUGAUUGAGUACAACGAAUACAUGUGCGAGGUACCCGAAGAUCUAGCUCUUAUCCUCAACGACUCCACAUUGUUCUCCGCCAGCGCCGAUAUCACCACAAAAGAGAUCUUAAAACGAUAUGGCGAUCGUACCAAGGGACCCUCGACUACACAAGGAGAUGUAGCACCGCCACCUCAAUCUACGACACCUAAGUCUCGUGAAAGCCGGGGCAGUGCGCCUGUUGUCACUCGUGUUGACACGGAUGCUGAACAGGCUAACGCAUGGGGCAACGAAGCCAGUGUUCGUCAUGUGGCAGCAGAUAUGCCACCACAGCCGCCUUUUGCCAUGCAUCCGAACAAGUCUUCUGAAAGUCAAGGCAGCCCAACGCGGAAUGGCAAUCGCAACAGCGGAUAUGCUCCAAGGCCAAUGGGUGUGACAUAG